AGCUCGGAAGAACUGAGGUUGAAAGCUGUGAAAACAUGUGCACUGUUACAUGAUUAUAUGAAACGGCGAUGCUAUUAUUUGCACAUUGAAAAUACAUUUGAAGUACUGGAUGGUCUGAAAGAGUUUGGGUGUGAAAAUAAUGAUGAUAUAAUCCUGAAAUGCGCAUAUGUAACAACUAAACGAUGUGAGAAUGAAGCAGUGACAGCGGUGUUUGCUACAAACGACAAAAUUCUUGCUGUAAAAGCAGCUGCACAUAAUAUUGCAGUUGCUGAUCGAGAUGUAAGCUUCACUGUAAAUGUCCUAAUUUAA